AUGGAUGCCAUAGUAAGUAUAAUAUGCAAAAGAACUGUUGUGAGCACCAAGCCAGUUCAACCAGGAAAGUACUUCCCUUUAUCUGUAUUGGAUCGUUACAUGGAGAACAAUCACAUUAGAAUGGUGUAUUAUUACAAAACUUCAGGGGAGGGAGAACUUGGAGAAUUAACCAAGAAAUUGCGAGAGAGCUUAUCAGAGAUGCUAAACCAUUUUCCCAUAGUGACUGGAAGGUUGGUAAGAGAUGAGAGAGAGCAUUGGAUGGUGAAGUGCAAUGAUGCUGGGGUUAGAAUGGUGGAGGCAAAAGCCAAAGGGAGUGUGGAAGGGUGGCUCAAAAGUGUGGACAGGGAAAAGGAACUCAUGCUUGUGUUUUGGGAGGGCAUGCUUCACAAGACUUAUUAUUGGUCCACUUUUUAUGUGCAGCUGACUGAAUUUGAAGAAGGAGGAUUAGCAAUAGGCCUAAGCUGCACUCAUCUCUUGGCAGAUCCAACUUGUGCAACCAGGUUCAUGAAGGCUUGGGCUGAGAUUUCAUUGGGCAAAAAAAUGAUUGUUCCUCCAACAUUUCACUCUCUACCAUCUAGAAGUCCAGGAAACAAAAGGCCCAACAACAACCCAUACAUGGAGUUAAUAAAUCACUAUAAAUCCUCAAUUGAGAAAUCCAUUUCAGUACUCAAAGAAGAAAGGUACACUACCAUUUCACUAGGCUUCUCAGACCACAUGGUUCAGGCUUGCAUUUCCAUGGCUCAAACCACUGGUCCAUCUAGCCGAACCCCAACACCAUUUGAGGCACUAUCAUCAUUAUUUUGGGUCACUUUGAGUAAGAUAAAGAGAUUGAGAAAUGGUCUUAUUGACAUGUCUAUUUGUUUGGAUGUGAGAAAAGCCUUAAGCUUAGAUCAUGGAUUCUUUGGGAAUUGCAUGUUAUACAAUAAGGUUCAUAUAGAAGGAAAUUUAGGAGAGAGCAACAAAUUUUCACAAGCUGCUAGUGCCAUAAGGGAUGUUAUGGCUAAAAUGGACACUGAAGGCAUAAUGGAUCUAAUUGAGUGGUUUGAAAAUAAUGGUGUAAAUUCACCUACAAUGAUGAAUGGUCAUGAUCUAGUCAUUGCUAGCUUAGAGGGUGUGGACCCUUAUUUAGCUGUGUUUCAUCAAGAUUGGUUGAAACCCCUUCGCGUUUCUUAUUACAUAAAGCCAGUUUUGGGAGAAGGACAGGUUUUGAUUCUCUCAGCACCACAUGAGGAGGGUCCCUUAGGCAGGGUGGCCAUGGUGACGCUUAAAGAAGAGGAGGCACUUAUGCUUUGUGAAGAUGAACUUAUUUUACAACUAUCUCCCACUAUCUUCAUGAAGGAUUAA